CAUAUGAACUUUCAGAAUUUCUUAGUAUGAUUCAACCUAUAGAUUUGUUUAUUAAUAGAAAUAAUUUACUUAUUAUUAGCUUACAUAAAGAUGAAGUUUCGACUUCAUCUAUUUAUAAUAACACAAAUUCAACUGAUAUUCAAGAAAUUGAUGAUAUUUCCUCUGCAAUAAGCAAUACGUCAAAAGAAUUUAAAACUAUUGAACAAUCUUCAGAUUCUAGUUUAUUAUCGAUUUUAAAUAAUAGUGAUAGUAAAAAUACUUUUGAGUUUUUACUUGAUCAACAUAAAUUGCACGAUGCAUAUUGUUUUAAACCACUUGAACAGAAGUUUAAGUUAAAAACAACAAGCUCUACUAGAAUAGAUAAAAAUUCUAUUCUUCCAAAUAAUACUAGUCAUUUGGUUGUAUAUUUUACAAAAAAUGAAAAUCCUGAAUA